UCCCGGCCAGCGGCUCCCUGGGCCCCACCCCUCCCCUUCACAGCGUGCCCCCGCCGCGCUGCGCGGGGGAAUGGGCGGUCCCGGCCCUUAGCCCCCCCACCCCCCCGGUUCCUUUCCCCCUCCCCCUCCUCAGCUGCGGCUGCUCCGAGCGUCUGGCUGGCCGCCGCCCGCUGCUAGGGGCGCUGGUGGGGUCCCCGGGGCUGUGAGUGCCGAUCCCGUCCCCAGCAGCCAUGUCCGGGGUGGUGCGGACCCUGAGCCGCUGCCUGCUGCCGGCCGAAGCCACCAGCCGCGGGGAGUCGCGGCGGGAGGGCAAGGAGCGGAGCCGGGACUCGGAGCGGGAGGCGCGGCGGCGGAGCCGGGAGAUCGACGCGAUGCUGGCCCGGGAGCGGCGCGCCGUGCGCCGCCUGGUCAAGAUCCUGCUGCUGGGCGCCGGCGAGAGCGGCAAGUCCACUUUCCUCAAGCAGAUGCGGAUCAUCCACGGCCGCGAGUUCGACCAGAAGGCGCUGCUGGAGUUCCGGGCCAUCAUCUACGAGAACAUGGUCAAGGGCUGCAAGGUUCUCGUUGAUGCACGGGACAAACUAGGGAUUCCUUGGCAGUACACGGAGAACGAGAAGCAUGGAAUGUUUUUGAUGGCUUUUGAAAACAAAGCUGGAAUGCCUAUAGAGCCUGCCACAUUCCAGUUGUACGUACCUGCACUGAGCGCACUGUGGAGGGAUUCUGGGAUCAAGGAAGCUUUUAGCCGUCGGAGCGAGUAUCAGCUGGGUGAAUCGGUGAAAUACUUCCUGGAUAACCUGGAUCGGAUUGGCCAGCUGAAUUAUUUCCCCAGCAAACAAGAUAUUUUGUUGGCCAGAAAAGCCACCAAGGGGAUCGUAGAGCAUGACUUCAUCAUUAAAAAAAUCCCUUUCAAGAUGGUGGAUGUGGGUGGACAGAGGUCUCAGCGUCAGAAGUGGUUCCAGUGCUUUGAUGGGAUAACUUCUAUUUUGUUCAUGGUUUCCUCCAGUGAAUAUGACCAGGUUCUCAUGGAAGACAGACGCACAAACAGAUUGGUGGAGUCCAUGAACAUCUUUGAGACAAUAGUCAAUAACAAGCUCUUCUUUAAUGUUUCUAUCAUCCUAUUCCUGAACAAAAUGGAUCUCCUUGUAGAGAAGGUAAAGACAGUGAGCAUUAAGAAGUAUUUCUCAGACUUCAAGGGUGAUCCUCACAGGCUAGAAGAUGUUCAGCGUUACUUGGUGCAGUGUUUUGACAGAAAGCGGCGGAACCGCAGUAAGCCACUCUUCCAUCAUUUCACAACUGCCAUAGACACUGAAAAUAUCCGCUUCGUGUUUCAUGCAGUGAAGGACACAAUCCUUCAAGAGAAUCUGAAGGAUAUUAUGUUGCAGUGAAGAAGAGCACCCCUUGUCUUGUUGAAAUCUACCCAGGGGUUAUAAGUCAAGCUUUUAUUUUAUCUUUAUGGCUCUUGCGUGUGGUUUUAGGACCCAUGCUAUUCACUUGGCUCAGGAAUGCUGAAACUAGCCAGUCAUGGAGGCAGAAGGAGUCAAACGUUGAUGUUAGCUACUGAAUCAUUUGACGAGUAACACUACUGAAAAAAGUGGCCGUUGUAGGGUUUGACACCUAGUUUGGAAUGUUUAAUAACACAAUCACCUUCCUAUCUUAGAAAAAUCUAACUUUGACAAACUAUGUAAGGAAGACUUUUAAUGAAAACUGUUGUUUUGCAAGGACAGUAACUGUACAGACUGCCUUUCUCUGCAGUUUUGGAGGUGCUGAGUUAACCAGUCAAACUAAUGUAAAUUAUAAUGAGGUUGGUAGUUGUACUAGAGAAUAAAUGGCAAUAUAUUAAUCACAAUUCCACAUGUAAUCUUUAAAUAUGUAACCAGAUCUUCCUUGCAUGUGCAGUGUUUGCCAAGGAUCUGGAGUCCACUUAUCAGUGUGGAUGCACAACUCUUGUCUGAAGGUCUUGCAUCAGUCUCUUGAGACAUGCAAGUCUAGGACUAUAAAUGAAAUGCAGUAGAACUAUGAAUGAAACCCACCAGGCUAUAUGAGUCCUCUGUCCUGCCACUCUGAAGUCAAAUGGAGGAGAAAAUUAAGGCCUGGCUGAUGAGGACAAGAUUUUGUUUUGCACUACAUAUACAGUGUCUUACAUCAUGGGAAACUGACUUCCACAGUAAUACAGUUUGAGGCAUGUACUAGAACAUCUGACCACAUAUCUGCACAUAGUGGGUGCUCUAGUGAGGUGUUAUUUAUGGAAAUUCAUCACUGUUCUCACACCUGCAGUUGGCAGUAUUUGUAAAGCUCCAGUCUUUCACAUCACAGGGCUUUAUCUGUCUCCAAAUGUGUGGAAGCUGAUUAAACUUUUUAGCAAAAUAUUUGGUGGUAGAGCAGCUGCUUGAUUACUUCCUAACAGCUGACCUUACACUUCUUACACAAGAAGAGCCAGCACUCUUGAGAUCCCAAUUUUACAGCUGCACUGAUACAUUUGGACAGCAGGACCCUGCUGUAAACUAGCCCAUUUUUAAUCUGUUAAUGGGAUCUUUAGCCUAUAUUAAUUUAUAUAUAGUAUGCGUAAACUGUCAAAAUUAGUUGCCCAUUUCAGGCGAUGGUAUAUACGUGUGAAAUUGCAAGAGGCUGUGAAUAAUGUUGAUGUGAACUGUUGACUUUCUAGCUCUCUAAACUUACGUAGUUAACUAUCAGGUGCCUUUCUUUGUGUACAGAUAAUUCCAACCUUGUCUACUACAAUGAGGUACAUAAACAAAAUUUAAGAUCUGCCUUUUAUUUCAAUGCUGCAGUCUUUUUUUUUUCCUUGACAGGGAACUUUCAAAGACAAAUGUUUACUGUGCAAUUGGUACCAUAGUUUGAUUUUAUUAAAAAAAAAAAAAAAAAAAAAAAUCAGAAGGGCUUUCUCUAACUAGACCAAGUCAGUCGAAUCUCUGUAGUUCUUGUCCCCUUUAAAACUGUAAUGACAUGUCAAAAAAGGAACACUUCGGCAUUUAAUCCCAAGAGAAAUGCUGGUCUAAAAAGAACCCUGCGCUGGAGUUUUCAUGUGUUUAACUUGGAUAAAAUCUAGAAUCCUUCUUUUUGUGGCUUGCAGAAGUUCGUUUCUCUGUGUGCGGUAUACGCAGCUUCUUAAUGCAGAAAUCUGCUGCCCUUGUAGCUUUUUGUGCUGGCUUCAGGAGUGAAAAGGAUGUGGUUGUAUUCUAGUUAUAUAUAAUGCAUAUAAAAUGUUUGGUGAAGUAAACCCGUAAGGAGCUACAGAUAGGAAAAAUCUAUUUAUUUUAAAAUUACACUUCCACUACUUCUCAAAUGUAAACAGAAGUUAAUUGUCUGGUUAGAAAAGUCUUACUCACCAUGGACCAAUUUUACUUUUUUUUUUUUUUUUUUUUUUUUUUAACAUUUAGUGAUUUUUUUUUUUUAAAUAUCAAGUCCUGUCUUGAAUGUUCUGCAUUGUUACAGAUGAGGAUUCUGUUAUGGUAAUUGCAUUUGGAAAGGUAAAUGCUUCAACAUGAGGUAUUACAAAUUGUGGCUUAAGGGUCUAGAGCAAUAUAUUUCUUCUGGGCGUGCCUCUUUAUUUGGUUAAACGAGAUCUAAAGGUGUUUACUCUUCAUUACUUAAGCAUUCAGAUUUCUUCAUUACUUAAGCAUUCAGAUACUGUAUUUAGACUUUGCAGUAGUUUCUAUUCAACAGAAGGCUUUAGAGCUAUAGCAGGUCAACUCAAACUGCCUAACUUCCCAGUUGAUUCUUUGUGUACUUCAUUAUUUUACUGAGUAUUCUAUUUGGAAUAAUGUGCUGCCCAUUUAACUCUUGAGAAAACAUUCCCUUUUUAGAACCAGAUAUUAUUGAAAAGUUACCUUGGUUUUACAUAUGAAGUCUGCCGUAGCUUUAACUGCAAUACUGGAGCAUGAAACUACUUUUCUUUUUAAUGCACAUUUGAGGUCUUGUAUUCUUGGUCACCUUAUUGAUUUUUAAAAGAACUGAGCUAAUAAAUAUGAGGUUCUCCAAAGCAACUCUCAUUGUUACAGUUGCACCCUGAAAAAUAACAGCAUGCAUUUCCAUGUUUAAUAUCGACAAUUCUUAACAAGUUUCAUUUUUUUGUAAUAGUAGUAAAACAACCAGUUCUUCUGGCAUGCUGUGACUGCUUUGUACCAUAAAGUUGGCCUGUUAGGUUCCUAGGAGGAAGGUAGGGACAUAGGGCUGCAUGAUCAUGAUGCCCCUAGACUGCAUCAAUCCUCAGGUGCUGUUUUGUCCCCUUGGGGCCAUUAGGUGUAAGAGCAGCCUAGCUUUGGUAUGGGACCAUCCCUUCACACAGUAGCCCUGUGACUGAGGAAAUGCAGAGGAGAAUUUUUUGUGCACAGAUCAUGAAGCACAAGUCAGAGUAGGGCUUUGCACCUCUCAGCCAUAGCUAAGGAUCUAGCUCAUGUUUUACUCACUGCAAGCUUGUGUAUUCUAAGGCUCUGUAAUGUAAGAAGCUUUCUUGCUCAAGCAUUAUCAUCCAACCAUCAAGACUUUAAAGUUGGUUAACAGUUUUGAUGAGGGAACUAGAAAACAAUUCAGGUCAGUAUUCCAUAGCUAUAUUAAUUCAACAAAACAAAGAGCGGUAAAAAAUAGCAAACUUGUCUUUGUCAAAAGUAAUCAAUAUGGCUCUGUAUUUGUAAAUGGAAAAUGUAAUUUAGUCACUCUUCUGACCAUAACGACAAACAAAAAUUAGACUGGAAUAUGAUGUGCUUAACUACUUUAACGCAAAAUGAGACACCUUGAUGUAAGUUGACACUAUGCCAUGUUACUGACUGCUUCAAGGAUUCAAGUGCACCACUGUUUUUAGUGCAAUACUUAAAUUAGUUUGAAACAGGUUUGAAUGGACCUGUGUCUUUGUUUGGUGCAUGAUUAAACCAUCUUAAUAGUAGUUUGGAGACACUAGCUAUCUACUGUGUUAGGUGAAUAUACAUCUUUCAGGUGUAGUUAUAACAUGCAUUGUCCAGUCAUAGUGUGAAACUUCAUUGAAAGUUUCCACUAGAAAAUCUAAAUAACCUCAAUCCAGCAAGAUUUCCUCUUGUGAAGACACACGCAUUCUAAAGUGGUAAAUACAUUUACCUGGCUACGACAUACUUUUAAAUACAAGCCCUACUGGAUUCCCCUAUGUAAAAAUAGUACAAUAAAGCUAGUCAUCUGUGGUACUAGUAAUUACUAGUGCAGAAUUCGAAAGGUACUACCCAGUAUUGUGCAACAAUCUUUAGCCAGACUUGGUGAUCUGCUCAAUUCUUUUGCAAGAAACAACUAAUAAUUGUAUUUUACAGUGACAUCAUGAAGACGUUUGCUGGUAAACACAGCUGCGAGGGACAGCUCUUUUUUAUGGACUUCAUAAGUUAUUGUUCAACUGACUAGUCAGGAAAUGGGUCACAGGCAGGCCUACAAUCAGGUGGAGGCCUUGAACAUAUGCUUUUUAAAAAAAAAAAAAAAAAAAAAGCUCUUCGCUCUCCCUCAUUUGGCACAUGCAGGUCACUGACAAGGGUCCUCCGUGUGUUCUGUCUCCAGCAAGGACAAAGAGGAAAUGCUUGCAGCAUGUUUAAGCAGGAGAGCCCUAUAAUGUGAUCUACUAUCAGUUUUAUAAAAGUGGCAGAUGGGAGCCUAUACUGAAAAUCAUGUUGGUAUCUUGUGUCAAAGCCAAUGUUUUGAAGACUCAUUCAGGUCACCAGCAGGUGCCUUUCCCUCAAAGUAGCUAACCAAUAAGUUGCUUUUUGAAUUAGCUACCUACAAGGCAGUAACUGCUCUAGAAUUACCAAGUGAAUUGGGCUUAAACAAUUUUAUCUUUAAAAUUUUACAUUAUAAUUGUUGAUAAACUACAUGUUUAAUAGGUAACUGCUAUUUUUAACAACCCAUUGAACAAUAUUCUUGAGAUGUAGGGGGAACACAAGGUAUUGUGGUGACAGAUUUAAUGGAGUUGAUUAACAGCUGCUCUAUUUUAAAUGACAACUCUUAAGAAUAUGUCUAGUUUCCAUUGUCACUACACAUCUGAAUCUCAUUCCCUGUAAUACAGCACAGUAGGCUGUUUGAGCUUGCCAACUUCAUAGUAAAUUACCUGUUUAAAAUUGUGCUGUCAAACCUAGAACUGUGCUGCUAAUAUGUCUGAAGGAGCUUCCAAUGACUCGCAUUUCUCCAGGCUUUUCAAAGCUAACUAAAGGGUUAACAGAUUUGCUGGCUUAAGUUCAAACAGAGUGGAGAGCAUUUGGUGUAGCUCAGAGAUUUUGGUAUGGCAGGAGCUAUAGUUUAAACAGUGUGGGAGGAGCUGAUCGGGCCAAAGACUAAAAUUUCACUGUGACAGCAGCUGAAAUGGAGUCUGGGACAUGUGAAAUGCAUCCCAUCAGUCCAUUCACAACACUGAUUUCCCCUUUCCGCCCAGGAUAGCGUCACAAGUCUUUUAGGUGUGUUAUGAGGCGGUACCUAGCGUACUCAGCGUUUAAUUGAGUCUGUCCAGCUUACUUGUAUCUUGUGUAUUCCCUACUUCUGUGAUGGUCUUUCAAUUUAGUGCUGGUCCUCUAGUGCUCUGUAAAGAUUUAUAAUGGGUGUGUUUUAUUACUGUUCAUGUGAAGCCCAUUUUCUCUGGGCUUUUUCCAGAGUUGUUUAAAGUGGGGGGCAAUGUUGAAUCUCUGCAAGCCUUAUUCUGGACGAAUCACUUGUAUUUCUUCCUUUAAAAUAUCUUGGCUGAUUGUAGCUGUCAUACUUCUAGGCUGAGGCUGCUUAAUUAACUGACUAGCAAGAAAUGAUGCCUUUGACCAACUACCCCCAUGCCCUCAAAAUCCAACCAUGCACUCGAGCUCUACCUCCCUGGAGAACAGGUGCUACAAAAUUGCUUCUAAGCUGAUGUUCUGCAGCACGGCUUCCCCAUUAAUAGGCCACUUGGUACUGAACAGUCCUGGUGAAUGGACAGAAGCACAGGGGUAUCCUGUAAGGAAUUUUCCUGGUCAAUGAAAUUGCAGGAUGGAGACUGAGCCAUUGAAGGGAUUAGCAACCCUUUCGUGCCACGCAUUUAUCCUGUCCUUAGACAAACUAAGGCCCAUGUUCAUUUCCACUUGUGCCCUAAACUUGCCAGGGAACAGCACUUUGACUCCACUUGAUAAAGAUAAUAUCAAUAUGGCCUUUCUGUUCGCACCAAUGAACAGGGCAGUGGCACUGUAACCUAUUCUGUAAUUCCAGGCUAUGCCCACAACAAUAACUUGUUCAGUCCUCUAGCUCUUGUUGCUUUGACAGUAGGUAAAAUGUAAAUGCUCCUCACUUGAUAUGCCCCUCUUGCAUUUGAUCGUGAAUAUCCCUUGAAAUAGCUGAACUUACUUGUUUAGCAGCCUAGAGAACAGCCCCCACCCUUGUUUGAUUGCAGUAACAAAACAUGCCUUCUGCUUUGCGUUCUCCAUAUAGUUGCCUUUGUGAGCAGUGAUGCUACAUGGUGGGGCCUUGAUUCUUAACUUUGAAAGAAGUUGCAUGCAGAAAACUUCCCUCAGGUGUUUAAGGCGGCCUUUAUACACAACUUCUGAAUGGAAUGAGCCUUGAGGCCUGCAUGAUGUUUGAUGGUUAUCAACAGAUGUUCACGUCAGAACAGCUCUUGGUGCUGUCAAGCAACCGGCUGUAUGCCAUCCUGGGGCAAUAAAAACUACACAAACAAACAUGGAUUUUUUAAAGUGCAACUUGCUAUAAAUCAAAUGCUGAUCUCCCAUGAUGAAGGCAGUACCUAUUUUUGCAAGCUAGUAUUAGUCUCUUCCCCAUAUCAGUUGUCCAGUAUGCAGUAAACAAAGUAGUGUAGUGAGGUUGUAGGCCUGAGAACUGAUCAACCCCUCCACCCAUGUUAAAGGAGCCCGGUGUUCAGAUUGCACUUCCAUUGUGAGCCCAACUGUUUACAGGUGUGUCCCUUCUCCCUUACUCUGUAACACAAUAAAAGUUGGUGGAUAGAUACUUCAGCUCCUGUAAAGCAAUUACCCUCUUUGGUAAGGGAAUUAUUAUCUAAGGAUUUGCACAAUGGCUGCUUCUUGGAAGACGUGUUCCUAGGACAGAUCUUUAAGAUUGGCUUCAUCAGUGCUAGUCUUAAAUUGAAUAAGUAUGAAGUCCCCUCCACUCUCACUUCUGAAUGUUCCAGCCUGAGAGUGAGAUAUGUUGACAGGACAAUGCAGCACCUGCCUCCAUGCUUGGGUUGCUGCUGUCAGUGUUGAGUAUUUCUUGUGGCUAGCUGGAGGGAUCCCCCACUUGGUGCUGUAAAUCGGAUUUUUUUUUUUGUGAGCACUAAAUUCACUUCUUCUUUUUUAAACAAUGACACUAAAUUGUUUAACACAAAUGGGGAUGAAGGGCAGCUAGGAUAGUCAGAACUGAGGCUGGUUCUCUGUUAACUAAUCGAGUGGUGCCUCUGUGUGAGUCAGUUUAGUCUUGACUCCGAAUUGCUUGGCUCUUUGUAAGUCUGUAUCUCUUUUUAAUGGUAUCUUUUUAAAAGCAGUGUUUAGGUUUCUGUCUCUGUGUUGACAUGCUUGCCUUUCCGUGUGUGGGGGAGGGAGACAUGGGAUGGCUCCAGUGCCAGCAGUUCUGUGGCUGCCUUGCUGUACUCUGUAAACUACUACAGUCUUGCUCUUGGCGUGUGUCCAUGGUUCAUCGGAUUGACUUGGAAAUAACCACAGUCAGAAGGAAAGAGCUGCACUGAUGUUGUCCAAGAUGGACUUUCUGGUGAACAGUCCAAGGGUAUUGGGGGGCGGGGGGGAGGAGAGAGAGCGGCGAUCUAGUUUCUAAAUAGAUCCCAAAUGCUUCUGCUUAAAUACUGUCUGUAUAUUGAAACAAAAUGCAAUCAGUAGUCAGUUCGUAUUCUUUGAGAACUGUCUCCAGGAAAGCUAUUUGGCUGUGUAUCUACCAGCACAUUGGCACAGCUGUAGCUGUGUGCAUUUCCAUCAUAAACCUUUGUUUCCAACCGUUUGUAACUGGGUCCUAUAAACUCAAUCCCUCCUAACUUGUGACAUGCAAGCCUCUUGUCAGUCAGCAUGCCUUCCCCCAAUUUAAAAACUAGUUAACCUUGCUUUGAGGUAUUAAAUUGUGAGGAGUAUGCAGAGACAACGGCUUUAAAGGGGUCAGAUUGCUUCAGGUUACUUUGAGACAUGAGGGCAUCUUGUUCAAAACCAGCUGUUGCUCUUACAGUACGGCUUCACACAGACAUGUGUUAAACUCACAUGCUUGGCACAAUAGUGAGUAAAUGAUCUUUCAACAAUCCACAGGAUUUAAAGGUCCUGUGGUAAAGUCUGCUUUGGAAGUUGCGUUUCAGUUCAUAGACAUGAGUCUGUUGGAUAAAGCGCAUUUUUCAGGAUAAGCCUGUUCUGUUGUUUGAAUUUGCCCAAUAGACUAGAACAGCGAAUACACCUUUUUAUUAAUGACUGACUGCACACAACAAUGUCUCUAAAACCCUUGCUUAAAAAUUGGCCAAGUGUGGUGUUACUCUUUUAAACAAGCUGUCUGAUUUUUUUUUUUAAUUUGAUUUGAAUCACAUACAAAUGAAAUUAUUAUGGCUAUGAGUGCCACACAGGUCACAGAUUCUGUGAUUUUAACACAGGUCUCUGAGUUCUUUGGCUUCAGCCCUGCUUGGGCUUCAGCCCCGCACGGCAGAGCUCAGGUUUCAGCAUGAUUUAUUGUUUAUCACCUGCAUCCUAUCUGUGACUUUGAAUAAAAAUACCUUUGCCAAAAUCAUAGCUGUAGAAAUGACAAAACACUCGUUAAUUUUGUGACACAAUCCUGUAUCUUGGAAAUCGAUUUUAAAAUGUUACCUUCUCUGCUAUAACGCCCUGUGGUGCCUAGGUAUUGUAGCACACAUACUAUGCAAUAUCAUACAACUAGUUUUAAACCAGUUUGCUGCAUUGGGCAGGAAAGGCCUGAGUUUAGCCUUAAUUUCUAACAAUUCACAUAAAACUUCUUUUUAAAGACAGUGACGAACUAAAAUAAGUUGAGGUGAAAAAGGCAUUGCUCAUGUAAGUGUCUUUGUAGAACCAAAACAGCAUGCACCAUACAAUCGGCCUAUUUGCUGUGAUAGUCUCAACUUAUGAAAACUGUGUACUAGAUAAAAUUAUAUUGUGAUGUGUAAAAAGUGUAUUUUAUAGUUUUGGUGAAUUAGUUUGUUUUGUAUAUAUGAAUUUUAUAAAUAUUAAAACUUGACUUGUUAUACUGUU